UUCGUGUGUUUUCGUUUUGUGAGCGGAUUGUAAGAGUAGUGUAAAUUAUUACAACAGUGUUUCUGUUAUUUCUUAUUGAAGUUUUUAUAUUUAUUUUUUAUGUACAUACAUUUAAAAAGUUACACUAAAUAGUACACUAACUGAGAAGCAAACGGAUGCUUUGACGGCGCGCCCGCGGCGGCAUGUGUAUGUAAAUAAAUGCAAAUACAUAUGCGUAUCUGUCCUUAUUUUUUUUUGCAAGCUGAUGGUAAACAUAGUGGUUGAGCAAACACAACAAUUUAUAAAUUUUUGUGAAUAAAAUUUGGCACAAAGCGCAGCGGUAGAAGCCAUCUCCAUCUUCACGGCUGUUCGUGGGCAUAGCUUGAUCUUAUCGCAGCGCCCACGAAAAAUUAAAUUAGAUGUUAUUAAAAAUUAAAUUAAAAACACACUGUAAACCAAUAAAAUAAAAUAUAAAACAAUCAAAUUUUAAUACAGCUCAAAAAAAUGUUUUAGCUUAAAUAAGCAAUAAAUGCAAAGGUGUUGUGCUAGUAUGAUACGUUUGGCAAAGGUGAGACUUUCUGUCUAUUUUGCUGCGGUCUGUCUCGCCUACUCGCCCAGGAAGAUGGUGUAGUGACGAUUGCGGUUGCAAAGUGAAGUCAGAACAACCACAGUGCAUACAACCAUCGGUAGUGUUUAGUUUUUUGUCUACGAUUUUCUUAAUGUUGAUGCAGUCCAUGAUUCACGAAUACAUUGGAAUAAAAGUGAAGACUGUUCAAAUAUAGUUGUGAAUUACAAUAAGUGAAAUAAUAACCAAGAUUAACAGGGAGUUGAAGAAGAAAUAUCCUAACCAAUAAAUAUGCAAAAAUAUAAGUAGAAAAAUCUGAAUAGCCAAGAAAAUACGUAAAGUAGAUAAAUUGGCAAUAAAUCAAAAAAGUUAUGAAUUUAGCGAUGGUGUGGUACGAUAUAUAAAUAUUGUUAUUGUAAUAUUUUUAUUGGAGAACAGCAACAAUAGAAAAAAAGCAAAUAAUGUACUAUACGACAAAGCUGUGCUGCUGCGCAGAGCUGCAAUAACAGUAAUAUACAACAACUAAAAACCAAAACAAUAAGAAAAACAAUAAUCCACAUUAGCAAUAAAUAGCAGCGGCGGGCAAUAGAAAUAUCUAAGUUUCCCACAACUAUAAAAGCGCAUUUUGCCAAUAUGGCGCGCAAUAACGUCACCGUGAAAAACAUCACCGGCAUCUACACAGUUCAACGAUGGUUUGAGUAUUGCCGCAUCCUAGCACUAUUUGUAGCGCUACACUGCAAUGCUUCACUGCCAUUAGUAGUCUCUGCUGUUGGCAACCGCGUUGACAGCAGCACUGAGACUGUUGCUGAAGGUGUUGGCUUACCCGCAGUCGGUGGUGUUAAUGGCAUUCCUGAGAGGUCUGCGUAUAUUUUACCGCCGCCUCAUGUAUUCCGGCAUCAGGAGCAUUAUUCGCAGCGUACUGAACAGAACGUGAAUGACUUCAAGCGAACGCAAUUGUAUAAGCAACCUAGUGAAAAUUAUAGUAACUCUAUCCCUAAAACAGUCAAUAGUAGCGACAAUAGCGGCAACAAGUAUAUUCAUUUACUGUCGCAAUCGGAGCCUCAGAUAUCAGAACAUUUGCACCGUCACAGUCACAGACAUUCAUCGAGCCCGGCCUCCGUAUGGGAACGUUAUGUUCUCCCACCUCUCCGACAUCAACGUCAUCAGCAACUACAACCACACCACCAUCGUCAGGAAGCCGCAGCAGCCAAGCCAGUAAUGGUAACAUCUUCACCAUCAAUACACCUGAUAGUGCCCACAGCAACAGAGGCAGCUGUCGGAGGAGUUGUCGUCGCUACAACUAAUGAGGACGUCAAAAUAGCAUCAUCUUCUAUUUCCACAACCAACAGCAGCAGUGAAGCACAGCAUAUGAAACCACAUCGUUACUUUGAUCGCGAUGGGCUCUACCAAUCGCCUUAUCUGUGGACAACAAAAGGCCCAAAAGUGCGUGGUGAUAAAAAUGGUUGGUUAGAAAAAGAUUUCGCCGGCAUGCGCUUUUACAAUAGAAGGCAAACUGACAGCCAAAGAAUUUCGCUAAAUUUAAACGCUGGCUCGGAUGACGGAUCACCCACACGAAAAGAUAGUGCUUAUAAAAAAGUAGAGGAUACAGAUUCCAGUGAAACAAAGAGUAACACCAAUACGGGAACAUUUGUUGGCGAAAACUACGGCAGUCAAGUAGCUGAGGAUGAAGUAGAUAAUAGCAGUGAAUAUGAUGAUUAUUCGUACGGUGAUUCAGUAGAGGAAAGUGUGAGUGCGAACGAGUUACCCGAUGCUAGCGACAUGCAAGACGGGGAACAUCGAGCAACCGUCAAACGUUUUACGAAUCCAUUUAAAGACUUUCGUGUGCCACAAAAGGAGCGCGACUAUCCACACUCAUAUUCUGCAAUGCGCCGGCGCAUAGCCAGAGAUCGAGACGGUGAUGAUAGCAAAACAAACUCUAACUUUGGUGCCGAUUCUGAUAAUAAUAGUGAUGCAGACUUUUCUAGCGAAAAGUGGCAACGCAUCGAGCAAGAGCACCAUCGCAAACAACAAGAACACCAGCAAAAAAUGUUGGCGUUGCGUUCACGUCACGACGACUAUUACAGAUUCACAGAAGCAACUGCGACAACAGAGUCUGUGUCUGUCGCGGCAGCAGCACCCAAGGAACAGCGUUAUAUUGAUGAUGAAGACGCUGACAAUAUUAAUUCCCAACACUAUGUUCCUGGUACGUUGACUCAACAAAAACAGGAGGAACUGGGAACGCUCGCUGCUGUACAGGAAUCUCGUCGCUCGCAUGUUAAUAUACACAAGCACGAAAAAGCUUUGGCCAGCGAGCACGUUAAGCAAAUCUUAAAAGAAGCAGCAUGCCGUGUUCCGCAACGACACGUUGAACGCAUACAGCGUGAUCCCUCAAAAAUGUACAUGCCUCACUGUACAGUUCUGCACCGUUGUACCGACGAGACUGGUUGUUGCCGAAGUGAGCGUCAAACAUGUGCACCAAAACGCACAAAAAAUGUGGAAUUGUAUUUCUAUGUUCGUAGUAUCAACGAAAAACGCGGCACGGUCGAACGUCUGACAUUUAUUAACCACACAGAAUGUCAUUGUGUAGAAAGGUCCAGGCAACAAGCAGAUGAGUAUCAUAAUCUGCCAUUGUACGGCAUAUCGUAUGGCGGACAGUCUCUCCGACGUGCUACCAUUCUCAACUGCAAUUGCCCCAAAUUGUACGAGAAAAUAUUGCAAGAGGAUGGUUUUUGCCGGUGCGAUUGCUCUUCCGGCAACACUGGAUGUGACUGGCUCAAGAGAGGCAUGGAGCAUUUCUCGAUGAUUGAUCGCAAAUGCAUGUCCGAAGGUCGUUGUAAGCCACCUACUUGCGAGCAUGGUCCAUAUAUAAAAAAGUAUGGACGAUGUCCAAGACGGGAGGAACAGUUGUCGGCCGCAGUGACCGGCCCAGUAAUGUUGGCGACGAAUGCGUUGUCGGGCAAUGGUUACCAUUGAAACGAAUUAUUGAUACACAUUCAUUUGGUGCAACUAAAAUUAAGUAUUAAUAACUUUUAAUAACAGUAAUUUAUUCGAUAAAAGUACAGCGAAAAUUGAAAUCGAGCGCAUAGACUUAAAUUAAAUAAUCAAAAUUAAUUUUAUACAUUAACGUUUAAAUGUGAUUUUAAAUUUUAAAGUUAAUAUCAUCUAAGCCAAGUACCUUUUCUACUAUCAUUCAAUUUCAUAUAUUACAUAUGCAUAUACACAUACGUUUGUAUGUGUACUUUUUAACCAAAGUGUUACACAAUGGUGCAUUUAACGCGUUCUUAACUCUUAUCGAAUAUAAACUACUCCCAAAUGUAAUUUACAUUACUUGAUUGAAAAUGCGAGUAACAGAAACAUAUGAUUUGAGAAGACUUUUCACAGUGAAACUAAUUAAUGUAGUCAAAUUUAAUACUUGUAUACAAGAACAUACAUAUUUCUUAAGGAUAAAAUAUUUUAUUAAUCAAAAUCGUGUUACGAGUACAUAGAAUUUAUCUAAAAUUUACUGUUAAUCUUUAUGAAUCUUAUAUGAUAGUAUUGAACUAAAUAGACGCAUACAUUUAAAAUAUUAUAGUAUCCCUGCAGUAAAAUAGUGGGCCAGUCUCUUUAAACGCGGAACCCGUGAAUAUCUCCAAACUAGUGCUAAACUUCUGUAGAGGAAAGUAGUUAACAUAGCAGCGAGGCGACACAAUUUUCGUGUUCUUCUCUUAGAAUGUUGUUCUAUCGCCAGGCAAAAGUGAAACACAUUCUACCAUAUAAAAAAGUGAGAGCGAGUAAUGUUGCCGAAUUUAAUUAUCUAGCUGUCAAAAAAUGUAGUUGCGGAAAACUUUAACUGCUAUAAAAAAUGGUAGUAAACCGUUCAGUUGUAUUAUUUUCAAUAUAUAAUUUGCUCUUUACUCAUACGAAAUGUGCAAUAUUCUCGUACUGCUUAUGGCAGUAAUGUAAUUUCGUAAUGUUGCCGAAUAUAAUGUUGUUACUUUCCACCAUUACUACUACAAUUAUUUUUAGUUUUAAACAUUAAAGUUUACUGAUAUUUCUGGACUUUUCAUCGGAUUAGAAGCGGCGGUGCAUUGCAUACGCGCAUGUAGCCAUUGACGUUAUGUGCAGGUAGUACCACCAGCUCUUCAUUAGCAUCCUGAUUCUGGUUUGUUACCAACGGCAUAAGUAUGUAUAUUCAUCGUACUAUUUUUAAAAUUGAUGCUGCUAUUCAUGAAGGUAGCAUUACGUAGUUUUCCGAAUUCAAUAAAUACAAAUUGUUAUUUCGCACUUAAAGUCAAUUAGACAUUUAAGUAAUACUAGUACAUUGCGAUUUUUUAAAUUUAAGUAAUAAAUUUCGAAUCGAAAGAGUGAUAUUGAAUCUAUGUCGAGUGCUUGCUAAGUUAAAUUUUUCCCAUAAAAUUCUAUGUAGUGAAGUUCCCAAAACGCAGCAAAUUAUUAUAUUAUGAUUCCUGAGCUAGUUUUAACUGGUUGUAGAUUAACAAGAUUUACUUUACUGCAGGGAUAUUUUAUACAAUUAUGUGCAUUUGUUAAGUGAAAGUAGAGUAAAGUGAGGAACUAAGGAAAAACAAUUCCAUUGAUAUUUUGACUGCGUUAAUUUUUAAUAACUAAUGUUAAACCUAUUUAGCCUUUUAUUAACGUUAGUCGAAUUAUAAGUAGUUGAACGUAGGGGCACAUAACAAAUGUGUUUUUGUAUAUUUUUAUACCAUUUAUGUUAAUAAUUUACACCCCAUUUGUAAGUAGUCAGAGAAAAUACACGUAUGUAUGUAUGUAUGAAGCAAUAUAUAAUUUAAGUUACGUGCACUUUUAUGUUACAAAAAUGUACAUACAUAUCUAUUUAAGCACAAACAUACAAGUAGAUUAUUUUAUUUGUUUUGUCUAGUCAAUUUUCUUAUUGAUUUCGUAUUCACCUAAUAUAUACAUAUAACCAUCAUUAUUAUAAGACUUUAAACAGCAAAAUAUGUAAUAUGAACAUUUGCAUAAACACAUACACAUAUAAAUUAACACACACAUAUGUACACUGUUGGAAAAUAUAAUAGAAACGGUCUACCUAAUUUUUUCGAAUCGAAUUUAUUCGCAAAUUAUUUUUGCUAAGAUUGCUUGCAUUAUGUGAUCAAUGGUUAACCGUUUUUUUUUAUUACAUUUUAUUUUCUAUUUUGCCUCGUUCUUAUUUCGGACACACUUGAGGAAGCAAGUCGGUUUUGCGCCUGGAAAAAAGAAUUGAAACGGUAAUUGUUUGGCGAUAGCAACAAAUUUUAAGCGGUAUAAAUUUCGCUCAGUUGCACUUAAAGAUAAUAAUAAUUGACUAAAUUUUAAGUAUAGGUGGAUUAGUAUUGAGGAGGAUUCUAAAGAUUCUACGGUGGAAGAAGCCAGAUUAAUGAACAAUUUAAGAAAACAAAGAAAAACGAUGGAUCAAAUAGCAGAAUGAAUGAGAUAUUCAAGGAAUAAAGUUUUUAAUGCGUACAAAAGCUGAAAUAAAAAUAAACAUGUUUGAAUCCGACGGAGAACAAUAUGUUUGACUACCCACAGGUACAGCCUUUGAUCGCAGAUAUACGAAAAAACCGAAAGCUCGGUGGCGGAUCAAUAAUGGUGUGGAGAUGAUAGAUAAAAUGUGUGCGGAUGGACUACGUGAGAAUAUUGGAUAUGGUUACGCUUCUCUAUGCAAGAGAGGAAAUACACCUAUGAUCCUAAGAUGUGUGUUUAUGUACGAUGACGACGACAAGCAUUUCUGAAAAUUAGUAAAGGAGUGGCUUAAAACAGAAAAAGUGAAUGUUUUCCAAUGGCCGCCGAGUUAUAAUGGCUUCAUGAGUUAAACCCGAUAAACAUCUUGGGGCAGAACUGAAACGAUAAUCAGGGCUUUCAAAGCCACAAAUAGGGAUGAAAUGUGGAACCAACUUCAAAAGUUUUGGCACUCUAUUUCGCGGGAUAAAUGUGCAAAUUUAGUAAAUUCAAUGCAGCGAAGGUGUGAAGAAGUCAUAAAACAUUCAUGAGGUGGUACGAAAUGCAAAAUUAAUUCUCCAUUUUCUUUUGAAACACUGAUUUUUAAUGGCAAAACUGUUUAGUUCUAUUUUUUCCAGGAUUCGUUUCUUAAACUCGAAAUAAUUUCAUUAUGUUGUAAAUCAUUUGUAAAAGUGACUUUUUAUAUCUAAAUUUGCCUUAAUUAUUUGAAUUUGUAAGACACAAAACAUCCGGAGUAUUCCCAAAAUAAAAAAAUUGUCAAACACUGCAUGAAAAUAUUGGUUUCUGUUAUAUUUUUCAACCAUUUAUAUGCAGAUAUAUACAUAUAUACGCAUGUAUAUGGACAAUAUUAAUUAAAUCCACUGCCCUAAACUCAGUUUUUUUAUUAAGUUCAGUGCACCAGAGAAAUUGUUUCUAUGUAUGUACACAUAUAUUA